AAACGGAUGUAGUUCAAUGUAUGUGAAGACCUACAGAAACCCAAGUCCUUGUAUUUUAGGAAAGGUCAACGGAAUUAUUGAAUCAGAUAAGCGAAGCCAGGGCUGCUGAAUCUGAAUGUCUUAUUGCUCGUGCUCUGUGUGAUUCAUGUGGUGUCUUCUUUGGUAGCAGAUGAAAAAGGUUUCCCUUUCUCUUUCCAAGUUCCUGGCGCUGCUUGCCUCUUAACACCGAGGAUAAUUUAUGAGCUCUCACCACUCUUCUCUCCUUCCCUUUGUCCGUUGAAUAAAGCUAUAGUUACAGAGGUGUCUACGGUCCCCAAGCUCUAGCCAAGUUCUUGUAGCCCACCCUGAGAGGCGCGUGCUCACAUGUGUUACGCGCCAACAGAUCGGUCGGUCUUCCAGGCAAAUUAUCUGCAGGACUCGCAAGCCAGCUCGGAAGUGUAACAGAUUAACUCUUUUUCUCAACUCUCACGAGAAAAUGUUCAGAAGGAAAACUUUACGACAUGUCUUUCUCUUUAUUUCGGAGUAAUUGUGUAUUUCCCUUGAAUACGGAGGAGUGAGGAACUUAUUUUUAUUUUGUAACUAGAUUUGGUGAUUUCAGAAUAUGUAUAAUCUAUAUACCAGCAUUGUAAGGGCUUAUUGAAGUCACAUCAUCCAAAGGAAGGCAUAAACCAAGUUUACAGAGCAAAGAAAGCUUCGUGCGUAAAAUUAAAAUGUGGUCGUUCCCGCGACCGCGCUCUGGUGAUUGCAGCGGGUCUGAGACCAGCAAGGAGCUGGAAAUUGUGGUGAACAUUGGAGGCUUGAGGCAGGUGCUGAGCGGAGAUGUUCUGAGUAGGUAUCCGGACACACGGCUAGCCAAGUUGGCAAGCCAGGCGGCGGGAAACUCGGAGGAUUUAUCAGAACUGUGCGACGACUAUGGUGGUGGUGAGUUCUACUUUGACAGAGACCCAGACGCGUUUAAAUGUAUAAUGGAAGUUUACUAUUGUGGUGAAAUCCACAUGAAGAGAGGUAUAUGCCCCGCGUGUUUCAUGGAGGAGAUGGAGUUCUGGGACGUGGAGCCAGAGUUUCUGGAUGAAUGUUGCCGUUCCAACCUGCAUGACGUUGAAGAGGAAUUGGCAGAGAUCGCCGAGAAGGUACAGUCGCUGCUGGAGGCUCGCGAGAGGGUGCGAGCCGUGGGUAUCGGCGCGUGGAAACGCUUCCAGGCGCGCGUGUGGCGCGUGAUGGAACAGCCGGACUCGUCCGUGGCGGCGCGUGUUAUCGCCGUCAUCUCCUUCCUCCUCAUCCUCGUCUCCUCAGCAGCUCUGUGCGCGGGAACCAUUCCCGAGCUUCAAACCCGCGACGCGCAGGGCAACCCAACGGAGCCGCCAGCCCUCGUUACAGUGGACACCGUUUGCAUCGUGUGGUUCACGCUGGAAUAUCUCCUCCGGUUCUUCGCUGCUCCCCGGAAGCUCCGUUUCCUGCUCUCCUUCAUGAACGUGAUCGACUGCCUGGCCAUCCUGCCCUACUUCCUGCUCCUCACGCUCACUCAGCUGGGCUCUGCGCUGCUGGAGCUGUCGGACAUGCAGCAGGCGGUGCAGGCCCUGCGGAUCCUGCGCGUGGCACGCGUGCUCAAGCUAGCGCGCCACUCCUCGGGCCUGCAGACGCUCACCUUUGCCCUGCGCAGCUCCUGCGGCGAGCUGGCGCUGUUGCUCAUGAUCAUGGGCAUAGGUGUCUUCCUGUUCUCGGCACUGGGCUACACGCUGGAGCAGAGCCACCCAGACACCAUGUUCACCAGCAUCCCGCAGGCCUUCUGGUGGGCAGUCAUCACCAUGACGACGGUGGGCUACGGCGACGUGUACCCUAAGACGACACUGGGGCGAUGCAACGCGGCUGUCAGCUUCCUGUGUGGGGUCAUCUCCAUAGCGCUGCCCAUCAAUCCCAUCAUAAACAACUUUGUGUUGUACUACAGCAAGCAGCGGGUGCUGGACACGGCGGCGCGGCACGAGAUUCAGCUGAUGGAGCUGCGUUCACAGGAAGCCGAGGCACCCUCACGCUCUCGGAGGCGCACACACGUGCACAAACACACCCUCAGCGACACACAGAUACCCCUGCUGGAGGAGCCCUCGCUACCAACACCGUCACAUACAUCGCCCUAAUGUCACACACACAUGCACUCACACACUCUCUCUCACACACAUGCACUCACACACUCUCUCUCACACACAUGCUCACCUGCCAUAUACACCACCACCAGCGACUCCCAGAUUCCUUGCUUGAGUCCUUGUUGCUACCAACAAUGUCACAUACAUCUCCUUGAUCUCUCUCACUCACACACGCGCACACACACACACACUAAAAUACAAAACACAUCCCAAAUUACUGAAUGAAGGUCAUACACAGCACCUUUCAACACGAGAAACCCCAACAUGGGGGAGGGCUUCAUCACCUAUGAAUACUACUAUAAAACUUACAUCCAAACGUCUUCACAAUACAAAGAUAUACAACACAGUAUAAACAUCCUGCAAUAGAGGGUUCUAAGAAUCUAUAAAGGCUUUUAUAGCGGAGUGCUGAAGACUGUUGUUGUUUUCUUCUGAGGUUUUAUGCUCAUAUUAUUUGUGAUCUGUAAAAAUGCAAUGCCACAGGGUUGGUUUUAAUGUGUCUGUAAAUACAACAGUGGACUUACUGAUAUUUAUCACUGCUACUGUGUCUGUUUAAUACUAACUGUGUGUGCAACAGAACACAAACUUUAUCAUUUAUCUUAUUUGCAGUUUGGUCAUGGUUUGUUUUAUUUUAUUCAGCUUCGCUGUGAACAUUUAUGAUGAGAGAGAAAUGGUGUAAAUGACUUAUUCAUAAAUAAUCAAUGCAAAUAGAAAAUAAAGAAAAAUGUUACCAGCAAACGUCCUUAAAGUGUUAUGGUAAAGAUGCCAGUUCAUGUAAGGUAGCAGACACAUCCGCCGAUGGCACCUGACAAUGAAGGAAGAAUUUUAUUUUCAUAUGGAUGGUAAUAUGUUUUUUUCCCACCCAGGUGAAAGAGGGCAAAUGAGAGGCAUAUGCUUGAGAGAGUUUAUGUUUGGCGAGUAUCACUACUGCAAGUUAUAACCUUUGACCUUGUCUGCCCUUUGUCUUCAUCUUUAUUCCUGGACUCAACUCAUCCAAUAAUAUAUGUCUAAUCCCUCAGCAAAACCAAUGUGACAUGGCGAAUACAGUCAGAAUUCCUAGCAGUCAUUCUGUCUGUCUUUGUCUUGGUGGUGCAUUUCCUAUUGUUUUCCUUCCUUUGGUCUCAUGUCCACAUAAAUCAAAUCUACGCAGUUAUUGUUAUUAUUAUUGUUAGUAAGGAAAUGACUCAAAGACUGUUUCUGGAAGCAAGUAGUUAACCUUUGACCUUGGCUCUCAUCAUGGAAAAGGAGCAGAGAGGUUGCUUAAAAGGUAUAGUCCUCGUUCCUGGUGAAAGGUCGUUGAUAUUCGAGCUCAACAGCCAAUCGAAUGACAACCCUCCCUCCCAUGCUCCUAAAGCAACCUGUUGAUUGGCAGUAAUAGUGUAUGGCUCGGUCUGAGCCCCUUUUGUUUGUUACCAUUUACAGAGCCAGGACUGUGCAGGAGCACCUGACACAUGAGCAUGCAAAGCAAUGUAUGAGCAUACAAUUGAUGGACAGGCAGAGAACCGCGAGGAGACGUUCACUGAAUUUGAUGUGUAAUGGAUUAUAAUCAAGGACUGCACCUUUAAGACAGGUGUCCGAUCCAAGAGAAAAAGAACAAAAAACCUGCACACUGUGUGACGCUACCACAGUAAGUUUAAUCUAUCAUUGCUAUAUUAGUAUAUUUACAUCUGUACAUUUACAUCUAAUACGGACCUUCAUCCGGUAAAAAAGAGACUGUCAUGAAAAAGGGCAAUAAAUAUAGUUUAAAAACGAGUGUCUGUCAAAGCAUUAUCGCAAGGGGGAGAAAAAGAGAGAGAGACAUUCGCACUUUUUAUCUCCUGCGAGAGGAGGAAUAGUACCUGCAGCCAAGAACAAUACAUCAUCUGCUAUGACAUCAGGUGACACAUGACACUACAGGUGCAGCCCAAUCUCAGAUUUGGCAAGCACAGGUCUGAAAAUGUUAAUACAGAUUGAAAGAUGUUGGCUUAAUGCCUGAACGUUGUCUUAUAAUUACAUUCUUUUAAAAUGUGAUUUUAUUACACAAUUAUAAGAAAACUCCUUACUUUUUGGUCAUGAAUCAGGAACAUAAUGUGUUGCUAGGAGUGUAAUUAGAUUAGACAUGGUGAUUGUCAUUUGUGAUACUGUGAGUUAUGUCGUAUAGCUUUGGGAAAAUGUACUUGAUAGCGUGAUGGAUGACAUUGAAUAAACCUGCUAAUCCCAAA